GUGUGUUCAACAUACUAGUUCAUUUUAGAUCCAUUGCAGCUGAGACAUCAAAAAUGUUAUUACAGUGCAUCUUGAUUCAGGGUGAAUUAAUAAAAUUGCUGUGUGGAUAGAGACUGGUUUAUUAUCACACUCUGAGGCGUUGUUUGCUGCAGUGUAAACCAGCAAAGACAGCUUUUUAACGGCGGUACAGCGGGAUCUCUAUAUGAAAGGUUGCAUUGAGUUUCACAUUAGAAUCCACAUCCUGUAAGAGGAAAUGAGCACACAGCAGUGGGACUGAACCACAUCUGUGUCCAGCUGUGACCAUGCAACCAGAUGAGAAGCUGCAGCUGGCUGGACGUGUCAGGUCCGUGAAAGUGGGUCCCCAUUCUCAUCCUCCCAAUCCUCUUCAUCCUCUUCAUCUUCCAUCUGUGGCGGGCUGUUAGUGGGCGGGGCUACAGAGGGAGGAAGAGAUGCGAAAGAGUCAGUGAGGAGGAAGAACAACAACCAGAGGAGAGGAAACCAUACAAACAUACACACCGUCCCGGACCUUACACAACACACACACACACACACACACACACACACACAGAGGGCGGGUACUGGAUCAGACCCAGCUUCACUUCAUCCUCAUCCUCAUACCAGAGGAAGUGGCCCUCCCCCGCCCCCACUGACCCGGGGAGUCAACACUGAUGGAGAAACAGGCCGGAGCUGCCGGAGCUGCCGGGGCGGCGGACGGAGCAGGGCCCAACAGAAAGCCGUGGACCUCGACGACCUGCGGACCAGGGGCCGGUGAGACUGUGGAGAGUCCCUCAGGUUCUCAUGUGGAGUGGUGUAAACAGCUGAUCGCAGCCACCAUCUCCAGUCAGAUCUCAGGAUCAGUCCCACCUGACAUCGCGAACAGGGAUAACAAGGCUGGGAGACGACCAGAUUUCAUGGUGUCCAAGAGGCUGAUUCCCAGGCAGGAUUUACAUGAUGAAGGUCUUUGUUACCAUGGAGAAAGUGAUUCUGAGCAUCCUUCCACUGCUUUGAACCUUCCAGCUCUGAGAUACGGGGCUCAGGUCAGGAUGUCCCAAAACCAGGUUCCUCUGCUGCCAGGAGAGACCGUCCAGACCACAGUCAAGGAUGUGAUGUACAUCUGUCCGUUCAGUGGUCUGGUUACUGGGACUCUGACCAUCACAGACUACAAGCUCUACUUCAGCAGUGUGGAGCGGGAGUCUCCGUUCAUCCUGGAUGUGAACCUGGGAGUCAUCAGCAGACUGGAGACCAUCAGUGUUUCCACACAGGGAGAGAACACCAAGGGCCUGGAGCUGGUCUGCAAGGACAUGAGGAGUCCCAGGUUUGCCUACAAGACAGAGGAGAGUCAUCCAGAUGUGGUGCAGGCGCUGGCCAAACACGCCUUCCCCCUCUCCCACAGCCUGCCGCUGUUCGCCUUCCUGUACAAGGAGCAGUUUCCUGUGGACGGCUGGAAGGUGUACGACCCGGCGGCGGAGUACAGGCGCCAGGGUCUCCCUAACGAGAGCUGGACCAUCAGUAAGAUCAACACCAGCUAUGAGCUGUGUGACACCUACCCCUCCGUCCUGGUCAUCCCCACCAACAUCGCAGACGAAGACAUCAGACGAGUGGCCGUCUUCAGAGCCAAGCACCGCAUCCCGGUCUUGUCCUGGAUCCACCCCGAGUCUCAGGCCACCAUCGUGCGCUGCAGCCAGCCGCUAGUCGGACCUUCGGACCGCCGCUGUAAAGAGGACGAACGCUUCCUCCAGAUCAUCAUGGACGCCAACGCACAGUCCCACAAGCUCACCAUCUUUGACGCCCGGCAGAGCAGCGUGGCCGUCACCAACAAGGCCAAAGACGGAGGGUUCGAGAGCGAGAGUUUCUACCCCAACGUGGAGCUGAACUUCCUGGACAUCCCCAACAUCCACGUGAUGAGGGAGUCGCUGAGGAAGAUGAAGGACGUGGUUUAUCCCACCAUAGAUGAAGCUCACUGGCACUCUGCUAUCGACCAGACUCACUGGCUGGAGUACAUCCGGCUGCUGUUAGCGGGAGCAGCUAAAGUAGCUGAUAAGCUGGAGUCGGGGAAAACGUCGGUGGUGGUUCACUGCAGCGACGGCUGGGACAGAACCGCUCAGCUCACCUCUCUGGCCAUGCUGAUGCUGGACAGCUACUACCGCACACUCAGAGGCUUCCAGGUUCUGGUGGAGAAGGAGUGGAUCAGUUUUGGACACAAGUUCGCUGCACGCGUGGGUCACGGUGAUGAGAACCAUGCUAACUCGGAGCGCUCCCCCCUCUUCGUCCAGUUCAUCGACUGUGUUUGGCAGAUGACUCGCCAGUUCCCAGCAGCCUUUGAGUUCAACGAGUUGUUCCUGAUCACUGUGCUGGACCACCUCUACAGCUGUCUGUUUGGUACAUUCCUGUACAACAGUGAAGAGGAGAGGGCAGCCAAGGAGGUGCAGACCCAGACCAUGUCCCUGUGGUCCUACAUUAACAGCCAGCCGGAGGACUUCACCAACCCCUUCUACGUGGACUAUGAGCACCACGUUCUGUAUCCACUGGUGUCCUCCAGACACCUGGAGCUGUGGACCAGCUACUACGCCCGCUGGAACCCCCGCAUGAGACCACAGGUGCCGGUGCACCAGACCCUGAAGGAGCUGCUGAUCCUGAGAGCAGAGCUGCAGAGGAGGGUGGAUGAGCUGCAGAAGGAGACCACCUCCCACUCCCUGUCCUCCUCCUCUGAACACUCCCCCUCCCCCACACACACCACAGGAACUCCACUGCACAGCGCCGUCUGACACACACACAUAUACACACACACACACACACACACACACACACACACAGUUAAAUUCAUGCUUUAGGCCAAUAACAGUGUUUACACUCUGAGGGAUUCUUACAUUUAUAUUAACAUUAUUACAGAAACCAGAUGUUUGUAAAGUUUUUUAAAAGUAUUUAAAGAGAAUUAAAAACCACCUUCAGUGAACUCACCCUCCCUCUGCUUAUUUAUAUUAUUUAAGUUUCUCACCUGGUUCAGAGCAACCAGGUGAACCUGCACUGGAGGAACACCUGGGAGUCUUAACUCUGACUUCAGAUCAGUGAAGAAAUGUUACGUCUCAGGGUCUGUUAUUGAUCGAUUAUUGUCUGUAGUGUUAAAGAUAGUUAGUGCUCCCUCCCUCACUCUUCUUCCUCAUGAUUUAUUUGACCAACACAAACCUGAACAUGAUUAAAACACCAUACGUUUUAAAAAUCCUCUGCUAUGAUUCAUAUUUUGUUGAUAAAACUGGGUCUGAAGCUCAUCUACUCUUACUUCCUGAUUGAGAAAUCAGGUAUUGUGCCCCGCCCACCACCUGCUGUCUCCAGGUGGACAGGUGAAAGAGCAGAAAGUAUCGUGAUGGUUAGAGGAGGAAACAUCAGAGAGACUCAGCCACAUGUUUGAGCCUCAGUCAGACCCAGACUCAGAGCAGGAGUCUAACGAGACUAGCAGACGGAUCUGAACGGUUAGCGCAGUUAGAAUCUUUUAUUUGUUUAUGUCAGUGGCUCCCUACCUUUGGGCUGGCAAAUCAUUUGCAAAACUGUAAAAUUUUGGUGAAAAGAUGUAAUUAUAUUUAAAAAUAUAAAUAAUAAUAAUAAAAAUUAAAUGUUUCUAAAUGAAAUUAUAUUUUAAAAAUAAAAAAUGUUGAAAUGCUCCAUCCAUUUUAUUUUUCACAUCAUUCCACAUCAUAGACUUGUUUCUAUCUCUCAGUCUGAUUGCACGCUGACAGAUCACAUCCAGGGCAAAAACUGGAGAAUCCAAAUUGAGAGCGGAUUAGCAACAGGAAGAGUUCAAAGGAAAAAGAUUAAUCAACCUAAUCAUUAAAAAGAAAUAGUGGUCUAAAAUCAAAUUAUUUGGCCUUUGUAAAGUUAUGUUGGAUGUUGGUCCGAUGUGAGUCGCCAACAUUUUUGAGAUUUUCAAGUUGGAAAAGGUUGGGACCCACUGGUUUAUGUUGUUUGUUAGCUUGUAACUGUCAGUGGCUGACACAGUGUUAGUGAUUGUGCUAAUGCUAACUCUCUCUCUCUGUACUGACAAGGUUUCAGGUUUAUUUAGCCCCGCCCCCUGUCCCCACAAGUUGACUGGAUUGGUUCCUGAGGUUUGUGACGUAUGAAACCCUGACUGUCUGAAUCUGUGUUUGUGAGACUGUCAUUGGUUCACUGCAGUUCAAGGUGGAAACACUCAGUCAUGGUGAUGAUUAUUUCACUCAUCAUAUGUCUGUAUUAUAUAAAAACAUCAUAAGAAUGUUAAAGGUUAAACAGGCUCAGUGUUUAUGUCCCUGGUUUCACAUCCUCGGUGUGAUGCUUGUUUCCGUCACUGCCAAGCACAACCACUGUUUUGUAUAUAAACCAGCUGUGGAAGCUGAAGUGUCAGUCUUAAAUGUCUUUAAUGUAAAUAACGUGUCUAAUUAAACACAAACUUCUUAAUGAGCCAGAAUGAAUUGUCGCAUUUAUUCCUGAUUAAACCAGAUCCAUUCAGA